AUGGAGAUACACACAAGUCAAGAAUUUUCCAAACGCUCAUCAAGGCCGGCGUCCGCCAGCUUACAGCGUCCGUCCAAACAUCGCGGCAGGCGGACAUCACCACAUCGUAAACCUCAGUUGUGGAGUACGAUCAUCCCAAGUGGAGAAAAAGAAAACGGUGAGAAGGUUGUCAGUUGCCUGGAAAUUGAAGUUCCCCAAUCUGCGAAAACGAUCUAUGAGGUUCCAAUCCAGCACGAUAAGGAGCAUCGCGAGCAAAACUAUGUACACCGCCCUCCUAAGAAGAUGAAGCAGCUAAGCCAUGAAGCGUGGAAUACAAGCAAAGAGCACUACGCGGAUGGGAAACGAUGGAGAUAUAGUGAAAUCUUUGCUCCAAACUCAGGCAGAUCACCUCAUAUGCGAGCACGAAAGUCUAGGUCCACCAUUCUUCCGACUUCAGCUGUCCCAACUGCGGCGUGGAACUCUUUCUUUCCUUUUCCCAUGGGAUAUUAUCCAGCAUAUCCCCCGACUGCGUGUCCCCGUUGCAGAUCUUACGAAAUGGCGCAAUUGCCCAGACGCAGUGUCAGUCAUGAUUGCAUGACUGGAUACAGUCCGCACAUGAUUAAUGGAUGUUGUUGUCCGGUAUAUCCUACGUUUUCAGCAGAAAACUUGUCGCCACAGCCACGAGGCAAUUAUGCUUUGUCAAAUCAGCAUCAUCAUCACCACCAUUGUCACUUUCAUACGGAUCGUCAGAAAAGUGUUUCGAGGCCACUGCGAUUGUCUACACAGAAUAUGGCAGCAGAUAUUGACUAUGAGGAUACGGAUGAGGUGGAUGUAGAUGGUUACGAAGGUGUAUGCGAUGUGAUGGAAAUCGAGUACGCUGUGGUCAACAAUGACAAUGAAGAUGCAGUAUCAGCACAACGGAUACUGAAGCAGAUUGUCAAACUGACCAAACAAUACUGCAUCCCGUCACAGUCGUUGGAUGAGCAAGCCAAACGUUUGAAGCUUGCUUUGGAUGCGCGAUACGACGAAAAAUGGCAUGUUGUAAUCAGCAACGACUCGUUCGGUAGUGAUUUGGCCUGCCUUCCAGGAUCGUUUGCCAACUUCCGCAUCAAUGAGCGGGUUUUCUUGGUUUGGAAGACGUAG